UUUGGCGUGGUGUACAACAAGGAAAUCCGGGUGUGCUUGACCAUACAGCCUGAAAUGUUGAACUGCGGCUACAGUGUUUUGAAGAGGAUGCUGUGAGACACGACACUGCAGCUCGUCUCAUCACAUCGCAGCAGCCAAGGGAAAGUGGGAGAAUGAGGACGGUUUCGCCCAAUGAGUCAUUAGGCUCGAGCCCUGGCGACAUUUAAUGUCCAUUGUCUUAGCUUGUAUUGUGAGCGACGAUGCAGUGAUUGGAUAUUCAACAACAUGGAGGGAGGAAGCUAUGGUUAUACACGGGACUAUUUCGACCGCUUUGUCCAGAGCCAAGACUCAUCUGUCGUGAACAAGUUCCAGCAGAAAUACUGGAAAACAAAACAGACACUCAUCAAAGUGACGGGGAAGAAAGAGGAUGAACAUGUGGUUGCCUCAGAUGCCGACCUGGAUGGAAAACUGGAGGUGUUCCACUCCAUCCAGAGGACCUGCAUGGAGCUGCUGAAGGUGAUUGAGCAGUACCAGAGGAGAAUAUGCAUGCUGUCUCAGGAGGAGAAUGAGCUGGGUCGUUUCCUGCGCUCCCAGGGCUCUCAGGACAAGACCAGGGCUGGCAAGAUCAUGCAGGCCACAGGGAAGGCCCUCUGCUUCUCCUCCCAACAGCGGAUGGCGCUUCGUGCCCCGCUGGGCCGCCUGUACCAGGAAGUGGAGACCUUCCGCUACCGUGCCAUCUCCGACACCUGGCUCACCGUGAACCGCAUGGAGCAGUCCAGGACGGAGUACCGAGGAGCCCUGCUGUGGAUGAAGGACGUCUCGCAGGAGCUGGAUCCUGACACGCACAAGCAGAUGGAGAAGUUCAGGAAGGUCCAGGCACAGGUGCGCCUAACCAAGACAGGUUUCGACAAACUGAAGAAUGAUGUUUGUCAGAAAGUGGAUUUACUGGGAGCCAGUCGCUGUAACCUCCUGUCUCAUGUCUUAACAACCUACCAGACCACUUUGUUGUACUUCUGGGAGAAAACCUCCCACACCAUGGCAGCCAUUCAUGAGAGCUUCAAAGGCUGUCAGUCUUAUGAGUUUUCAACAAUAAAGGCUCUUCAGGACCCGGCGGAUAAGAAGCCCAAUCAGGGCCCCAAGAAGAAAGGGAAGAAGAGAGCAAAGGCCACAGGUGAAGAGGAGGAGUCAGGAGCCAAUCAGAAUGCAGAGGACCUGCUUGUUUCGGUGGAUGACGAGAAUCGUAAUGAGGCCACCUCAGAAACAGGUGUGGAUGAUCUGCUGGGUGAUCAUCUGGAGAAGGACGGCUUGGCCCUGCUCAAUGAGAUCCUCAACAGCUCGUCCCUGGAGGAGGGGGACUUCUCCCGCCAGUGGAGGGAGGUGUUUGGGGAGGGCGAGCUGGUGGAGGAGAGCCCUUCUAAAGAGGAGGCGGCGUUAUCAUCGUCAGGCCAGCCAGGGGAAGUCGGGGAAACGCCCUCGUUCUUCUUACCUUCUUACCUGCUGGACCAGAACAUGAACAGCCUGCAGUCCUCCUCCACAGGUUGGGCCACAGACAUUCCACAGCCUGCCUCCACGGCAACAGAGGAAUCAUCUGGAGCCAAUCAGAACUCUGCCAGGCCAGCAGCAAGAGAGACAGCGCCAGAGACAUCCAAGGACCUCUCAGCAUGGUUCAGUCUCUUCGCUGAUCUGGACCCCCUCGCGAACCCAGAUGCAAUCGGGAGGACUGAUAAGGAGCAUGAGAUGCUCAAUGCCUAGCUGCUUCCAAAUCAGGCUGUCGCUAACCAGGGGGGGUUUUCCAAGAAAGCAGCUUAAGCCACUUAUCCUUGAUAUAUCUACUCAGACCAAUACAAGUGGUACACCUCCACAUAGAAGAGUUUUAUUUAUUUAACAUUAAAGCAAAGCCAUAUCA